AUGGCUUUUAGUAAUCCACAAUCAGAGCUUUUUGAAAACUAUAUAGCUUCUUUGGAAUCGAAUAGAGUUAAUCAGGAAAGCUUUUCCUACAGUGUGUAUGAGUCGCCACUUCCAUUUGAUGACGACGAUAACGACAAAAUAGAAGAAGAUUUGAUGGAGGAAGUGAUUGAAACACCAGAUCCAUACCAUAUUGUUGUUACGGACUUGGAUAUGGGCAAAGAUGGCAUCCGAUCUUUGGUUUCAAUGGCGAAAACAGCGAAUGCAGCUGAAAAGCAUGAAUUACCUGAACCCGGAGAUGAAGAUCAUUCUCAGCACGAUCACAUUAUCGAUCAUGUAGUCCAAAAGACGCAGGUUGCAGAUGCUCAAGCUGAAGUGACGCCGAAAAAAGGACGAGGACGACCACGAAAGCAUCCCGUCAAGGAGGUAAAGAAUCCAAGAGGCCCCAACAAGCGCUAUACCGAUAUGUUUAUCAUACAACUCAUUGACACCAUUCAAAACGUGACAUUAAACUGUGCGGAAGCAGCUCGUCAAAUGCGCAUGCCACCACGCACUGCUCAGCGUUAUUGGGAGCGUUUCCGUGAUAAUAAGCCAUACUUGCCAAGUCAAUUGGGGAAGAAUAAGGGUGCACCACAGACUUUCACUAAGGAGCAUACAGCGGCCUUGCAAGCUCUAUAUGACAAUGACCCUACGACAACACUUAAACAAGCACAGCAACUUCUUUCGGAACGAUUCUCUUUGUCAAUUACGCAGAGUGGAAUCCAAAAGCAUUUAGUAAAGCACUGUGGUCUCACUAUGAAGAAGCUCGAGAAGAUAUCAGAAGCACGCAACUCUCCAGCAACCAUUAAAAAACGCAUGAAUUGGGUGAUGUCCAUUCGCCAGGAACAAAUCGACUACACAAAGUGCAUUUUUAUCGAUGAAGCUGGUUUCAACUUCCACAUCAAGCGUAAUUUUGGCAGAUCCAAAAGAGGUGAGCCAGCAAAGGCCAUCGUAUCAAAUACCCGUGGGGUAAACAUUACUAUCUUGGGUGCAAUUGCUGCUGAAGGAGUCGUCAACCUAUCUUUGAGAAAACCACAAGCAGUGUCUACAUCCAAGAAACGCAGAAUCCAGCAUGGUGAAGAGCGCAUAGUGGAAAAAGUCGGCACUCGUGCAACGCAUUUUAUCGACUUUCUUCAUAUUGUGAUGGAUGUCGUAGUCAAGAACGAUAUCCCUAGCAGGAUUGUAGUCAUGGAUAAUGCAAGUAUCCAUCACACAAAAGAGAUGCUUGAAGCCGUCGAAACGCGUGGAUUUAAGGUGCUUCAUCUCCCUCCGUAUUCACCUUUCUUAAAUCCUAUCGAGUUUUUUUGGUCCAAGCUAAAGGCUGGUGUGGCACGCGAUCUUUUGACAAAAGAUCAUACCCUCACACCACGUAUCAUUGCUGCUGCUCAAAAUGUCUCAGCUAGUGAUUGUCAAGGAUCAAUGGUCUUAUUUUACCCUAAUUUAUAUUUUUCACUCAGCGCACUUUGA